CCCCCGUUUCUCUGCUCCUCUGCAUCUGGUCGUCAUUACGUAAGGAGGGGAGGGUAUAAAGCAGGGUGAUGACGGGGCUGGGGCCCCAGUGCCUGGACCAUCAUGGAGGUUGCUCUUUGGGUGUGCCUAAGUUUUCUCUGCCUGCAGGGCAGCUUGCCCCAGCUCACACAUGGUGCAGACUGUACUGGGACAUCACAGGAAAAGAACUGUGUCAGCGGGCAGACCACCGGAGGAAAGAAUGAAGGGCUUGUGCGCCUGAAGCCAUCUGCUGCAAGAAAGACCCAUAACCAGAAACAGCCACAGCGAGGACAACUUGGGGCAUUCUCUGCACUUGGUAUGUGGCUAGGUGACGACUUGCCAUCGGAUGUGCUAUUGGACAGACAGAAGAGACAGUUGGGGAGGAACUCCCUUCUUCCUGGGUCCUUCUCAGCCAAGGGUUUCCCCAACACACUCAUCAAAGUUCAGACAGAGCGGGCCAGGAGACACCUAGGCCAGUCGGGGACCAAGAAGAACAAGUAUAAAUCCAGAGUGGGAUCCUUCUCUCUCCUCAGCAACAACCCCAGUGCCUCCCUACAGGUAACCAGAGUACGGAGGCAGGUGCAGAAUGAGAGGACGAAGGCGAAGCCAGGCGAAGCCAAAAGGACGAGCCGGAGCGUAUUCCAUUAUGGGACGACUCGCCCCACCCCACACAACCCCCCCUUCCAUCUGAGUCAAUCAAUCAAACUUUUUUUGUCCCCGGAGCUAAAUUCUAUUUGCAAGCGGGGUGCACAGAGUUCAUCCAAAACAUUUAAAAACCAAUUACACAAAAUAGUUCAAAACUGUUCACCAAUCUGUUACAUUUAUUUGCGACUCUCUAUCGAAAGUAAAAUGUUUGACGUGAACAAAUAAAUAAGCGCACGGAAGAAAAAACAAGUUUGUUUGCUGAAGCGAAGUGAUUUGCUGAAGCGCUACUGCUUUAAUGAACUGUACAUUAUAUAUUACCUUCGUAAACAAAUUGGUUUUUACAUGUAUUUUAAAAUGCUAUAUUAUAAUAUAUACGUAUAAUGGAAACACAUUGCUGAGGACAAGUAUACAGUAUCUUUGAGAGCCCCUUUAAUAUUGUAUUUUAUGAUCUGCUGAUUUACACAUUUUUUUUUUUUUUUUAUAGAAUUGUAUUUUUGAAAAGGUGAUUCUUUGGUAAUUCUGUGCAUAUAUCAGAUUCAAAUUUAGUCAAAAUGUAGGAGUCAUGAGAGCUUGCCCCAGUGUUGGAGGAAAUUAUAGUUGAAAUGAUUAAUUAUGUAUACAUUUAAAUUAGAACCAUUCAUUUUAAUACUAUUAUGUUGUGGUAUGAAAUGUAUGGGUUUUUGGUUAAACUAGGACUGAAAAUGUAGGUAAAACGAAUGAAUUGUCUGUACCUUGCGGGUUUAAUGGAGAAGGAGGGUAUAUCUCUUUAGACAGAUAAGAAUGUUCUUUGAUGUUCCAUUAGUGGAGAGGAGUAUAUCUUUUAGACAGAUUGGAAUGUUUGCUUUAUGAGGGGAGUAGGAGACAAUCUCUAGACCUGAAGGCACUGCGCUAUUGUGUGGAUCGGAGAAAGUGUGAGAACUGAUGACGUCAUUUUUAUCUUCUCUUUAAAAUGUUAUGUUCUUUAUAUUUUGGGGCAGUACUCAUUAAGAAUAAAUGCUGAACUUGUUUUUAA